AUGUUUAUAAAGUCAAGAGGCAUAUCCAUGUCUGUUCAACCUGAUUCCAAAGUCAGUAACUCCACCUUUCUCCUUACGGGUUUCCCUGGCCUGGAACGGGAAUAUCCUUGGCUCUCCAUUCCUUUCUCCUGUAUCUAUGCUAUGGUACUCUUAGGGAAUUGCCUGGUGUUGCAUGUGAUCCGGACGGAGCCCAGCUUACAUGAGCCCAUGUUCUACUUCCUGGCCAUGUUGGCCCUCACUGACCUGUGCAUGGGGCUGUCCACAGUGCACACGGUGCUCGGGAUCCUGUGGGGGAUCAGCCAAGAGAUUGGUCUGGAUGCCUGCAUUGCUCAAACCUUCUUUGUUCAUGGUCUAUCAUGCAUGGAGUCUGGAGUCCUUCUUGCCAUGGCCUUUGAUCGCUUUACUGCCAUCUGCAAUCCUCUGAGAUAUACAUCCAUUCUCACCAAUAUGAGAAUCAUCACCAUUGGUGUGGCCAUUCUAGGGAGGAGUUUCCUGUUCAUUACUGCUCCCAUUGUCCGCCUAAAGUUCUUCCAUUACUGCCAUCCUCAUAUCCUCUCCCAUUCCUUCUGCCUGCACCAAGACUUACUUCGGCUUGCUUGCUCCGACAUCCGCUUCAACAGCUUCUAUGCGUUAGCCCUGGUGAUCUGCACGCUCUUUUUGGACUCGGUGCUCAUUCUCAUCUCCUACAUCUCGAUCCUGCAUUCAGUCUUGACUAUUGCAUCCCGGGACGAGCGGCUCAAGUCCUUGAAGACCUGUGUCUCCCAUAUCUGUGCUGUUCUGGUUUUCUAUAUCCCAAUUAUUGGUUUGACUAUGGUGCACCGCUUUGGAAAGCACCUCUCUCCUGUGGUCCAUGUCCUCAUGGGCAAUAUCUAUAUCCUUUUCCCACCCUUGAUGAACCCUAUCAUCUACAGUGUCAAAACCCAACAAAUACGUAGCAGGAUCCAGAGAUGGUUCACUAAACAAAACUGA